ACUGAGGGUCUCUAUGUGAAAUAACGGGGGAGUCAUGACAGACUUGUGGUUGAUUUCUGUCCCACUGGAUAAGACCAGUUUAACCAGUGUAGAGCAACUCAAGCGCACCAUUGCCAAAACCAGCCGGGUCUCCUGCUGCAAGUUCUCCAUCCCAGAUCUCAAGGUGGGAAUACUGGACAGUCUGCUCACUAUGUCAGAGGAUCUUUCCAAACUUGACACACUGACUGAAAGUGUGAUCAAAAAAACAUGUCAGUGUAUGAGGGAGGUGAUGGAGCACUCUACUGACAAAGUGCUGGAAAACGCCUUAGCCAAUGGAGACCACGGGGAGCCUCAGAGAGCCGUCCUGUCGCCCCUGAAAGCUUACCUCAAGUCUGUGAGAGUGGACCUGAUGAGCUAUGUGACAAAGUUUCAGUGGGACAAAGCCAAGUAUCCCACAGCUCUGCCUCUCUCCAGCCUGGCAGAUAUCAUCAACAAGGAAGUUUCUCAGGUGGAGACGGAAUUGAAAUGUCGAGCUGCGGCGUACAACAGUGUGAACACAAGCUUGCAAAGCCUUAAGCACAAACUGGAGGGGAAUUUGCAAACUCGCAGUCUGAAUGACAUCGUGAGGAGAGAAGACCUGGUGGUCUCAGAAUACCUCACCACUCUACUGGUAGUGGUGCCCAGAGGGUGCUACCUGCAGUGGGAGAGGACCUACGAGUCUUUGUCACAGUUUGUGGUUCCCCGGUCGAGCAGGAAGCUGCACGAGGACGGAGAGGGGGGACUUUUCUCAGUCACACUUUUCAAAAGGUCCGUGAGUGAAUUUAAAGUCAGAGCCCGGGAGAGCAAGUUCACUGUGCGUGAGUACAGCUUUGAUCAGGAGGAGGAGAAGCAGCAGGAGAGGAAGCAGCUGAGCGUUCACAAGAAGGAACAAUACGGAAUCUUUGUGCGCUGGCUGAAGGUUAAUUUCAGCGAGGUGUUUAUAGCCUGGAUCCACUUGAAAGCGUUGAGGGUGUUUGUGGAAUCAGUCCUCAGGUAUGGAUUACCUGUAAACUAUCAGGCUCUUCUGCUGCAGACCGACAGCAAGCACUCAAAGAAACUCAGAGAAGAACUCGCCUCACUCUUCAUGCACCUGGAUCCCACCGCCACAGCCAGCAAGACAGACGUGAACUGUGACAUCCCAGGACUCUGUCAGCAGGACUACUUCUCCUACAUCUGCUUCGACAUUAACACCAGCGUGCUGGAGAUCAGCUAG